GGUCGGGCAAAAACACAGCUGGUCUAUGGUCCUCGAAGCGAGCUGACGGUCGAGCGUUGUGUCCAAUGUGAUUUAUGCGAUUCCGUGCCGAUCUGUCGAGCCGAGCUGCGUGGCUCGCGCGAGCGUGCGGCUGCAGUGAACGUGAUCGGGCGUCGGUCGCGUCCGUGAAGUUGAACAGUGCUGCGGAGGGCAAAGAGAGAGAGAGAGAGGGAGAGAGAGAGAGAGGGAGAGAGAGAGAGAGCGAGAGGAGAGUGUGGUCGUCGCCGAUGUAGCCUGGAGAACCGCGGCGGUGUCACCAGGAGGAUUUUUCAACUGGUCUCCCCAGCUCUGAGUACAAAGGAGUCUCGCCGCCGACACGACCGUCUCCUUUCGACAACAAUGCCGUCGGUCGACUCGUAAUAUCCGGAGUAGCGCGAGGGAACGGGGACAGAUAGAUGUCAGAAGAAUGGCGUCCACCAGCGGGCACAAGAGGAACGGCUCCAGCUCGAGCAUGUUCGCGCACAAACGCACCGAGUCCGGGGGUGGCUUCGUCGGCUACAAGCGCACCGAGGGCGGCCACAAGCGUGCCGAGAGUAUAUCCAGUGCCUUUGGCCACAAGCGAUCGGAGAGUGGCCACAAGAGGAACGAGAGCAGCGGCGGCUUCGGUCACAAGAGGUCCGAGUCCGGCAGCAACUACCAUGCCGGCCACCGGCGGAAUGAGAGCAUGUACGCCAUGACGGGCCUCUACGCCGAGAGCGCCGGCACUGGCACCGACGACAACGCGGACCCGUUGCAGGCGAGCGGCAGCAGACUGACCCACGACACCGUCAUUAGGUGUCACAGCAGAAACCCGAGUUCCGGCCUUGUGGAUCAUAGAGAUUUUAUCAUCAAAUGUCACAGCAGGAAUCCCAGUGCUUCUAUGGUGGACAGGGCGGAGAAGGAGAGGGCGCAAACUCCGCCGUUUAAUCCGGACUCCAAGGACUGUGGGAUUCUGAGUUGUAGGCCGGCCUUCAUUCAGAGAUUCGCCGGAAUAAAGGUGUUCGUAUUCCUCCUGUCGUUCCUCGUUACGUUGCAGCAAGCGCUUAGCUCAGGUUACAUCAAUUCUGUGAUAACGACCAUAGAGAAGAGGUUCGAGAUCCCGUCCAGCCUUUCAGGCCUCAUUGCGAGCUCCUACGAGAUCGGCAAUGUUAUCACUGUCAUUUUCGUCAGUUAUCUCGGUAGUCGCAGGCAUAUACCUGUCUGGAUAGCGAUCGGUGCAGUGAUAAUGGGACUGGGAUCGAUGAUCUUUAUGGUGCCACAUUUCACAGCGGAACCCAACCUGACGACUACAGCGAAUCAUUCCAAUUCGGAUAAUAUCUGUCGUGGCGUGUCGUUGCGUGAACAGGACAUGGGUUUGGGUCGGCUCUCGUCAGGGUUAUCUUCGCCUCCUUUAGCGCCACAUAAUAAUUUAAGAGGUGACAAUUGCAUACAGGGAUCUCCGUCUACAGCUGGACCCGUCAUGCUGUUUGUACUUGCUCAGUUACUAUUAGGAUGUGGGGGUUCUCCUUUGUUUACUCUCGGUACUACUUAUAUAGACGAUCACGUGAGACCGGAAAGCGCGUCUUUAUAUAUCGGUUGUAUGUAUAGUAUGGCGGCCUUUGGACCAGUCUUGGGUUUUCUCCUCGGAGCGUAUCUUUUGUCCUUUCAUAUGGACUCAUUUUCUGGAACGAUCAUAAGCAUCGAUCCCGGAGAUCACAGAUGGGUCGGCAUGUGGUGGGGCGGAUUUCUACUCUGCGGCCUGCUUCUGAUUUUAGUGGCAAUCCCCUUUUUCAGUUUUCCCAAGACACUGCAGCGUGAGAAAGAAAAGAUACGGAUCAUAGAAAAGAACAAACCAACCAACCAGAAGGAGAAGGAGCAACAGAAGGAAAUUAAGAAAGAAAACGUCGACGAUAGCGGCUACGGCAAGGAUGUGAAAGAUAUCCCACGAAGUAUGUGGAGGCUUGUCUGCAAUCCAGUCUACGUAGUGACGUGUUUGGGAGCGUGCAUGGAGCUGGUGAUCGUGUCCGGCUUCGUGGUGUUUCUACCAAAGUACCUGGAAACGCAGUUCAGUCUUGGGAAGAGCCAAGCUAGCAUCUUCACCGGCUCGAUCGCAAUACCGGGCGCCUGCAUCGGGAUCUUCUCCGGCGGAUGUUUGCUCAAACGCUUAGAACUAAGGCCGAAGGGUGCGGUACAGUUCGUUCUCGUGUCGAAUAUAAUUUGCUUGGUGUGUUACGGUCUGCUAUUUUUCCUCGGCUGCGAAAAUGUAAAGAUGGCUGGGACCACUAUACCGUACUUUAACAGUAGUACAAAGGGCCCCGAACCCUUUCAAGUAAAUCUCACUGCCGCAUGCAACUUUGGUUGUGAAUGCCGAAUGACGGACGUCGAGCCGGUUUGCGGCAACAACGGUCUGACGUACUUUAGUCCAUGUCACGCAGGUUGCACUGCCUUCAGUUCAAAAUCAAAUUUCACAAAUUGCGCAUGUAUACACGGUAAUUUGACUAUGUUACCACCAGCCGCUCCGGAAUUUGCGGAAGUGACCGUCGUGCCGGUAGCGACCGCCGGUCCUUGCACUUCGCCGUGCAAAACUAUAUUUCCAUUUUUAAUUCUUUUAUUCUUCAUGACGUUCAUUGUCGCCGUGACUCAGAUGCCUUUACUCAUGAUAGUAUUACGGUCCGUUUCCGAAGAAGAAAGAUCCUUCGCUCUGGGUAUGCAAUUUGUAAUCUUUCGAUUGUUCGGUUAUAUACCGGCACCGAUACUGUUCGGUAAUCUGAUCGACUCCACGUGCUUGCUGUGGAAGAGCACCUGCGGGGAAAAGGGGGGUCGAUGUCUACUCUACGACAUCGAACAAUUUAGAUACAGGUACGUCGGCCUAUGUGCUGGUAUAAAAAUUUUAGCCCUGGCGUUAUUUCUAAUCGAUUGGUGGCUGGUGAGGAGGAGAAGACAAAUGGAAGACCAGCCGCCAUCCUUCACUGUCAAUGAGUUUGUAGGGUCAAUUAUCAGCCUAGAUAAACUGUUUGAGGAGAAGCCGCAUCAUCAGAAUCUAGGUGGAGAUGGUGACGCAACUCUGCCGAGUUCCGAGAUUCCAACGCCAUCCUCCAUCUCGUCGCCUACAGAACCUACCAAGUCAACGAAUCUCGAGGAAACAGGGUCGUCGAAUCAGACGCAAGAUUCCACGGAGACGACGAAUCGCUCAAAACACACGGAAAUGGAAGUUCCCGAUACGAGGCAAGCGCCGUUCGCCGCCAUGCAAGAGCCGCCGGACGUCGAGAUCAAGCCGUCGAGCGGUAUGGCGGAGAAUCGUAACCGAAAUGUUUAAUGUUUAUUUCACACUAGAAGCUAUAAAAAUGAAUAUAUCAAAUUAGUGAUAUGUAAAUUUGUGACAAAUUAUUUUAUAUAACUAUAUAUAUAUAUAUAUAUAUAUAUACACACACGUGUAUACAGGUAUAUUUGCUGAUGGAUCUUGCCUGAGUAAUACAGGUCUACAUAUCCACACACACACAGACACACACACACACACAUACACACAUGUACAUUCUUUCUUUUCCGUCGACAGAAGAUGCGUUACAAUGUCCGUAGGCGGUAAAAGUUUGUACGAUACUGAAACAUCCGAGAAGCCGUAAAUGUAAUGAAUUCUCGCGAUUGUAUUUAUUUAUUAUAUUUCCAUCUCUCUUUGUAUGCAUAUAGCACACCGUGUACCAUGCGCGUAUGGGUGCACGUAAAAAUUUAUUAUUUAUUAGUCGAGAUGAUUUGUCACAAAUUUAAAUAGCCGAGUCGAUUACUCUUAGGGAAUAAUAAUAUCACUAGAACGUAAAUUUUUACAGCAAUCAUAUGUAUGUCAAUAAGUAGAUAUAUAACGCGUAAGUGUAGUUCGUUUCAAACGUACAACUUGUGAGAUUGUAUUAUUCAUUGCACAUUUAGAUUUAUACUGUUGCUACGUAUAUCGUUAACGAACAAAUAUGUACGGGGGGAGGGAGGGGGGAUAGGGUGGUGAGCGAGAUGGGGAAAGAUACGACGGAUGUGCAAUGCGGAUAAACUUCUCUUGUCGUCCGAAUCGUUCUGUCGCGUCGCGAUAAAAUAAGCCUUGCGCUAUUGCAAGAGAAGGCCAACGUAACGAUGAAAUUGUAAAUAUGAAAAUUCCUGCCUUAAGAAAUAUACAAGACUAGACAAAUGUAUAUUUAAAGAUAAUGAACUAAGUAUCAGAACUAAC